AUGUCUCGAUUUAAGUUGUGUUUACUCUUUUCACAUGUUAUUCUAAUCUCGACUGCCCUCCCAGUGGAUCAAUGGGUCUCUCCAUUUGAUGACAAAGAGAGAUUGGGUACUUUGUGUACUGACAACAACCAUUUUGAUGUGAUGAGAGGAAGGGAAUCUCCAUUGGUGUGUUUCCAUACUCCUUAUUUUGGAUGCUUUCAGUUGAAUAAUCUGAUCCGACAUCCCAUCUUAUGCAACCGUAAGCACGAUGCAGCCAUGCAGAGCCGAAGAUAUGAGGGUCUGAUCUGGUUUAUGAGAUCUCUGGGCUUUUGUGACAUCAAUCGGUACACCCAGAGUCAUCAGAACAUUGAGUUUAAAAGGGAUUUCCAGUUGGAUCUCCUGAGAGCUGCCUUUGCCGUGGUUUGUCACAGGACUGAUGACAUCGGCCGCUUUCAUCUGUCCGGUCAUGCUGAUCUAUUCAGGAUAAUAUACGAAAAGGAAAACGAGCAUCGCUCGUACGUUCUUUUUUCUGAUUACUAAAUAUAAAAAUAUUUACAGUGUAAUAUGUAACAGUGCCAUAUUGCAUUAUCAAGACGUUUACAAAAGAUGUCACGUGGAAUAUUCAGUGGAAAGUAGCUCUUACAGUCUAGAUUUGAUCAGAAAUGUAAGCAGCACUGGUUAUUAUUAUAUCCCUCUAGAAAUGCACAUUACAACAGCAAGUGUAUUUGCUCAGACCUAGAGCUUUCUUCGCUCGAUUUUCGCGAUUGUGUCAGCCAUAUUCCGCAUUCGUGGAUGAAUAUUCCAAACAUUCACUCACAAUUGGCCAGGCUUUGGCCAAUGAUACCAUAUUUAUGAACAUCAUGAGGUUUGCUCCUUAGAUUCUUCUAAAUUGUAUAUGAAUUCAGUGUUCUUGUGAAGAGAGCCGUAAACAGUUACAGCCAGUUACCGUAUCUAGUACUAAAAACAAGAUUACUGCUGCAACAUUUUGCGAUGGCGGCUGUUAAAAUGUCAAAUAAACUGGACAUGGCAGCCAAAUGUAAAGUGGCCGAGAACGGAAACUUUAGUUUUGAUGAAUCGAACAGCUCCGUGAGCACGCAAAUACAGCUGGACGAGAUUCCAGUGGUAAAUGCGGAGAGCUGCAACCCCGUGGAUGCUGGAGUCUAUGAUAGUUUGGACAUUGAGACACAAAAGUAGGUCUUAAUGGUAGUAAUUAGUACAAAUUACAGCGGAUUCCAAAACCUUGGAUACAUGGCCUGGCUGGGAUUAAAGAUCGAGCUAGGUCUUCUCACAGGAGUUUCUAUAAACACCUUCGUUCUCUCCAUAUUACUAGUACAAACCCGGAAACACCUCUCGACGGCGACGAUCCUGUUCAUCUUCAACAUCCUCUUCUCCAAUGUCUUAUUCGUGGCCUCUUUUAUUUGCCUCUUUGCCGAUUUCUUCACGGAUCUUCCAUUCCUUGGAAUCGACGAGGUGAGUUAUCAAUUGAGGGAACUCCAAAGUUACUUUCAGAUCCAAUACUCGACCGAUGUUCCUCUUGAUGUCGCCGAGACUCUCCAGGCUCAACUCUUUGCCCCGAUAGAAUUUUUGAAACACUUAGUGCAGGAGACUUUAUUCUCCCUGGCCCAGAACGGAUCCCUUCUCGGUCUAACUCACCUCCUUGUCCUUGUUUUAGUUGUAAUCAACAGAUCCAUGUCCGGAAAAGCGAUCAAAUUAUCGAAGAAGUGCGUGAUCUCGGUCUUCUCGUGUGUCUGGAUCUUCUUGAUUGUCACUCAUGUCAUCUUUUCUGCACUACAAUUCUCAGCAAUCAUUAAUUUGGAUCAUCUUUUCUCCCAAUUAAAGAAACACACGGGAUCCUUGAAGUGCUCGGAAAAGUAAGGAGAAAAGAAAGUAAUCAGGACCUCCUUUAGUCAACCAAAAUCCGAUUACAUCGAGAUCGGAGAGCGUUGUGAUCGAGUGGCAAUCUUCCACACAUUUGGAGUCUACCUUCUGAGAGGCCACACUUUAUUCACGUUGACCUUUCUGCUGGCUUCGAUUAUUGUAUUUACCCUGACUGUGGUAUAUCAUUGGAGAGUAGUCAGUUCCCAACACGACUUUCUAAGUAGUGGAUUGAGAGAACAAAGUCCCCAUCGAAGGAGAGAGACCCUCUUCAACACCUUGUUGUUGUCCAUCGGCGCUUUCUUCGUCUCCGUUUCCGGGCAGAGUUUCAUCGAGAUCGCGGUGUUCUGGGUGGACGACAGAGCUGGGAUUGCCAACAUGGCCACGCUGUAUCAGUGGACAAGGAUGGCCUCUUUCGUUGAUCCUUUGUUCAAUCCGAUAUUAGUGGCUGUUAGAACUCCCACAAUCAGACGGAAGGUAAGAACAGUCGUUACUUCUGAAGUCAAAUCGUUUAUUCGGGUUAAAGGUCAUCACACCAAUCUUAAACGCUUUAUUAUGAAUCUUGAUGAUGGAAAAGAGGAUACUUAUGUACAUAUUUUUAUGGUUAUCAAGCAUUCGGCGGAGGGGCGGGCGCACACUUGCGGGCAACCACUUUGCGGGCAGCCACUUUGCGGGCAGCCGACAUUUGCGGCCAGCACCGGCAUUUGCGGGCAGCCUGGGACAUUUGCGGGCAGGGUCGACAUUUGCGGGCAACCGACACCUGAUUGUGAGGGUAACAGGGUGGAGGUGGAAAAAUUACUAUGAUAUUUUGGAAAUUUGCCGACAUUUGCGGGCAGCCGACAUUUGCGGGCAACAGUUCCAAUACAAUCUGUGUGAUUGUUUUUUCCGGUUGCCCGCAAAUGUCUCAGCUGCCCGCAAAUGUGACCCCCCUGUACAAAAUGAGUUCGAAAAUCAUGUUCAUUUUUUCUGAUUGUUACUUUCUUCUUAUGUAGUAGUGUGAAAAAGUAAUUUUUUGAAACUUUUCUAAAAAUACUGGAUCAUUGAGACCAUUUUCGGGUAAUUUUAGGCAACCUUCUUGACCUCACUAGGGAAGUGUACAAACGAACCCUCACCAAAUGGCAAGUGAUAUACACCAUUGGAAAGCCCUUGAAAAAUGAUGAAAGGUACCAUUUUCAUUUUUUGCAGAAUGCCUUUCCGCGACGACAUACUGUAGAUUUUAUUAUUUUUAGGUCAUUUCGCAACAAAAAUCUUUCUUUGUCUUGAGCGGAUAAAAAUCCUCGAAGAGGGUUGAUUCAAUAGUGCAGUGGUUGCUGAGCAGGCUGAUAAGCCAAACCAAGCCAGGUUCGAUUCCCAGCUGGGCAAAAAAGUUUUGCGUUCUUACAGUUCGGAUAAUAUUUGAGUUAAACUUUUACAAACGUUUUAAUUUUUCUAGAAAACGCUCGAUUACGAUUAAAACCACCAAACUUACAUGUUUUUCAAAAUUAAAAAAAGUGAAAAGUGUUUUUUCACAUUAUGGGUGUUUAAAACCAGUAAAUAUCAUAAAGUAAAAUGGUUUUACUGGCAAGCGCCAAACUUCAUAAUGAUUCUUAGGCCAACCUAGUAGCAAUAUUUACCAUUUAGCGUUUUGAAAUAAGAUUUAUUUUGCCCCACAGCAGAUAUUGUAACUACUUAAGGGACAAAUCAACCGUUUAUAAUUUUUUGCCCUGAGGCAUUCUGCAAAAAAUGAAAAUGGUACCUUUCACCAUUUUUCAAGGGCUUUCCAAUGGUGUAUAACACUUGCCAUUUGGUGAGGGUUCGUUUGUACGCUUCCCUAGUCAGUCACGACCUAGGUCGCGAGCUAGUAAAGUGCAGAAAAAAUGAACAUGAUUUUCAAAAUAAGCAACCUCGAAAACCCCAAAUCGAAUGUUUUUGGAAAAUUUUCAAAAAAUUACUUUUUAACAUUACUACAUAAGAAAAAAGUAACAACCAGAAAAAAUAACAAAAUUUUUUUCAUUAAUAACAAUAAAUCCAUUCAGAUGGUUCAGAUGAUAGGUCUAAGCCUUAUCUUUGAUUCUUUCCCGGUUCCGGAAGUGUCACUUUUCCGCUAUUCCGGAAAUGUCACUAUUCCGCCAUUCCGGAAGUGUCGUGGUGCCCACAAUUCAUUUUCUCGGCGGUGAUGCGACAUGGCGCUAUGCGUAGGGUUCGGAAAAUUCGGAUAUAUUCAACACGCGGGUAUAUAUCCGAAAUCUCGGGUACGUUCGGAAAAAUUCUAGGUGAACUGACAACUGUUUGGAAUAGAUUUUUCAAGAAGAAAAUAAUAGCGCAUUGCAUAAUCUCGUGUAUUGAUUAUCCAUAAAACCCGUUUAAAUAAAAAGAAAGCCUCGGUUUCAGCUACGACUCUACAUCUUCAUUUUCUUUCAAGCCAUCUGCACAUUCCUCUGCCCAUGCCAAAGCCUAUUCGGAUUCGGAUUACCUUGGACUCAUCGCAGGAAACGAUCUACGUUGACAACGGACUCACGGGUAAAGGAUAAUUAUGACACCGAGGUCACCUUCAAAGUUCUCUGUUCCAAACAAUUCGUGAGGUCUUCUUUGCUCAAACGAAGUCGAAGUAGGAAUUCUUCAAGGAAUCAUUCAGUUGUUUGA